CUGAGACUUAUGCCACUCCUAUCGCUCCUGCUUCAGCUCUUCGAGUCUCGAAUUGGACCAUCAAGGACCACUCCUGCCAAUCCACUUCCCUCAUCGUUCCUUCCCAUAUCCACAAUUGACGUCUGCUCUUGCCCUCUAGUCCACGCGUCCCCAGGUUUCAUCCUUAAACUCAUCUCACUCACCAUUCACACCCUACACACUCACACUCCCCUACCUACAAUGUUCAGUUGAGUCUUUUCUUUCUUAGACUCUCUUUCUUGACAUCCAACUUCAUCAAAUCUCUCUAGUGCGGCCAUGCUCAUAGCCCGUCUGCGGUAACCUCAUUGAACUACUGCCACAACGCCCUCUAUCCCACCAAGUCCUUGCGGUCUACACAUACAUCCGCCCUUCCUCCUUGUUUUCAAAGAUCCUUGACCUCCAGCCAUGCUCCGACCACUCUCCGCCCUCGUCGCCCUUCUCUCCAUCUCCUCCGCUUCCUUACUGAGUCCCUUCAAGCGCCAGUCCACUGCCUGUAACAACUCACCCGACCUGUGCUCCAGGGCCUACAACAACAUCUUACAUCUGGGAGCCCACAACUCACCUUUCCGACGAGACUCCUCAACCCGCUUCUCGACUUCGGGGAAUCAAUAUUACAAUUCCACCGUGCAAUUGAGCGCCGGCGUUCGCCUUCUCUCCGGCCAAGUCCAUAAACAAAACGGAGGCUACCAUCUGUGUCACUCUUCUUGCGACCUACUUGACGCCGGAACCCUCUCCAAGUGGUUACAAGAAAUCAAGGCCUGGUUGGACAACAACCCAAACGACGUCGUCACCAUCCUCCUCGUAAAUUCUGAUGAUGCUAGCCCCUCGGAUCUUGCUCAGUCUUUCACCUCGGCCAACAUCGUUGACUACGCUUACCGACCCCCCUCCACCACCGUCGCUCCCGAGUCAUGGCCCACCCUCCAGAGCCUCAUCGACGCUGAUACUCGCUUAAUGGUCUUUGUCGCCUCGCUCGAACCAUCGCAGAUCUCGGCGUCAGAAAACUACCUCAUGGACGAAUUCACCUUCAUAUUUGAGAACUCCUUUGAUAACACUGCCAUGUCAGACUUUAGCUGUACCCCUGAUCGCCCUUCAUCCGUCCGCGGCAACUCCCAAGCUGCUGUCGCCUCCAACCGCAUGCCCUUUACCAACCACUUUUUGUACGAAAAGGCCUUGUUCGAUAUCCAAAUUCCCGCUGUGGACAACAUCACCGUUAGUAACGCUCCAGGCUCCGAACAAGGAAUGCUUGGCGCUGCCCUGUCCGCCUGUCGUUCCGAAUAUGGCCGCAUCCCCACCUUCACCUUGGUCGAUUUCUUCAACGAAGGCCCUGCCAUUGAAGCUGUAGACACCAUAAAUGGAAUCACACCUGUCGGAAGAACCGAGCCCCCACCCCGAGAAAAUAGCUCCAGCGUCAGCGAUGCCCAGCAACGUUCCUUUGCCGGUGUCGUCGACCUGAACAAUCAGGUCCAAAAUGGUGAAGAUCCCAGCCUGGGAGCUUGGAUCUGGGGCGCUGGGAGAUGGAGUUUUGGUGGCAUCAACCUCAGUGGUGGUAAUGUUUUGGGUAAGAAGUGAUGAUUGUUCCAUCCGAGUUCUUCCAUGGAUCCUUGGGGCCGCUUCUUUCUCAUGAAGCUCGGGCUUGCAAGAGAUACCACAGCCCUAGCAUUGGGGGAUUUGUCCUUGGCCGACAUUCUCUAUGAUGACCUUAUGAUAUGGCGAUGCCGCCUUGGAAAGGGGGCAAAUCACAGGUUUGCUCCAAAGACCCGUUUUGAUGUGUUCGAAUGGCCGGUCAUGGCUCGGCAGGGUUGGUUCUAAUUUGGAGCAAAAAAGUCACAUUCGGAGCGCCACCCACGAUAUAAAAGGUCUGCGAUUAUCUGGCAUCAGCAUGGCAACGGCGUUGGUAACAGAGAUGUUGACACGGAUACCCGCACUCGCUUCGACACUCGAGGGGAGUUGGGUAAGAAGCAGUUCGGAGACUUGGUCAUCAGGGGAAAUACAAAUACAACCGACACGCCCUCAUUUCAUGACAUACACAUCCAUGAUAUUCUCGGUUCUAGCGUUGACCAUCCGUCGUCAGCUCAGCCGACACGAGCACGACUUGUGAGAUCCACUUCAACUUUCGAGAUCAUCUUGAUCAGGUGACACCUAUGUGCGCUGUCUACAGCCUCACAUAUAUAUAUAUACCUAUCCGGCUAUAACCUACCAUGCUAAUUCAAAACUGUUUGCUGAGGGAAAACCAUUGUGAUCACAACAAUAUCACCAUGCCCUCAAUAGCCUUA